AUGAAUUCCAAUGAAGCCAAACCAUCUCUUAUCACACAACUUCGUCUAUUUCUUGAUACUGAUGGAUGCAUACGCUGUAGAGAGACGCUCAUCAGCGGAGUGGCCAUUCUGGUACGAAUGCGACAGUGUCAUACAUCCGACAAAAGUUUUGGAUACCAGCAAUCAGACAGGCUAUUUGCAAGCCGGAGGUCCGUGCCUAAGAUAAUCAUCUCAGAUAAUGCGCCAACUUUCAAGUCCGCAGCGAAUUUCCUGCAACAACUGUUUGAAUCUAAAACUAUUAAAGAAGAACUCGCAAAUAUAGGAGUUAAUUGGAAAUUCAUUCCAAAGGCAGCUCCAUGGUAUGGAGGCUUUUGGGAACGACUCAUAGGAAUUACCAAAUCCACACUGAAGAAAAUAAUCGGCCGUUCAUACAUCGAUUUAGAAACCUUACAAACUGUAGUCACAGAGGUUGAAGCGAUAGUAAAUGACCGUCCGUUAACAUACGUUUCAUCGAACCUCGAGGAUCCAGAGCCAUUAACACCAUCACAUUUGCUGUACGGAAGAAGACUGACUUCCUUACCAUACCCAACAGAGGACUCAGAGAAUUCAAACGACUGUCAUUCAUUGACUUGUCGUCGUCUAAAACAAAGAUUGGAUAAUCAGAAUACUAUUUUAAAUCACUUUUGGAGCCGCUGGAAGAGAGAAUAUUUGACAUCACUGAGAGAGUACCAUACAGCAAAUGGAAACAGGUCGCAGAAUAUUAAAGUCGGUGACAUUGUCCAAAUCCAUGAGGAGAAACCUCGGAUCAUGUGGAAACUAGCUGUCGUGGAGGAACUCAUACAGGGGAGAGACGGAUUCGUCAUAGCUGCCACUUUACGGACCAAAAAUGGACUUACCAAUAGACCAAUUUUGAAACUAUAUCCAAUCAAAGUGAAUGAGAACGAACUUCAAAUACAAUCUUCUGAUCGAGUAUCAAAAACAAAAGCCAAAGAAAGAAUCCAUGAAUGGACCUCUUGA